AUGACCAAGAGCAAAGGGAAAAAGAAUCGGGCGACUCGUUCUAGGAAGGAAGGCAAAUCCGGGGGCGACAAGGCGAUAGGCGAGACUCAGUCAACAGGUGUGCUUCCCCCUCGAGUGUUAUUGGGCAAUGUCCUGACAACGCACGGACACGCCCAUGCAGAAACGACUACAAGGACUAUGGCGGAGACGCCCGCGGAUCCAUCUCAAAUCUUCGAUAAAGCGGUGCUUGCACGGGAGUAUGACAUUGGGGGAGGUGUAGCAAUUUCAGACACAAUCGCGCGCCCAUCUGAAAAUGUGGACACCGUAGUUUUAGGAGGGGAAUACGAGGUUGGGAGUACCCCACCAAACCUCACCCAGACUGGCGACACACCCGCGGAACGAUCCGCCAAUGUUGACACCGCGGCUUUAGGGGAGGAAUACGAGGUUGGGAGUACCCCGCCGAAGCUCACUCAGACUGGCGACACCGCAUUAUUGGCAGCUGAGUAUGCCAUUGGCAGCAGCCCACACCGGGGUAACUCCGCCGAUACCACCCGAGCCUCACCUGCCAACGCCUCCGAGUACGAUACAGCCAACCUUGCAGCUGACUAUGAUGUUGGUACGGCCUCCGCUGCGCUUUCCGGAGAGAAACCUGACGCCUUGGACCAUGACACGGAGCACCUUGGGAUGGAAUAUUUCAUUGACCCAGACUCAGCUACUAUACCCAAGCCCUCUAGGGGCCAGAAGGAUAUAGAGGAGCAGGAUACGGAUGACUUCGUAGAACCUUCUGUGGCUAGCAGUGAUGCUGAGAUGGAUGGAGGGGCCCACAGUGAUGUCACUCUUGUCAGUAUCCGUACAAGAUGUAGGGAAUCACUGUUGGACUGCUAUUUGCAGGAGAAAUUGGCAGUGCAGAAUCUGUUAGACUGUCGCCGUCGUAUCAUGGAUCAUAUAGCGCUGCUAACCAGAGAGUUGGAGAGUAUGGAAGUAGAACAGUAG